UAUUUGAACAAAGUAUAAAAACAAUAUGUCAAAUUUCUACGGGCAUCAAUAAUUGGGGAUAUAAAAGCGAUAUUCUGCUUAAAUUUUACAUUCUGCCGCAGUUUUACUGUGGAGGUGAACGUGGUGUCUCAAAAUGUCGUCCAUUUGUUUGGUCCUUUUGCUCUGUGCUCUCGCCAAAGGGUACCCUUCCGAAAGCCCUCAUAGUGCAGAUGACGUACAUCAUCAUCGCUCAGGCGCUGUCGUUUGGGAUCACGACUUCGCUCCGAGCGGCGCCCAUCAUGCUGCCGGUCGCUCAGGCGCUGUCGUUUGGGAUCACGACUUCGCUCCGAGCGGCGCCCAUCGACCACCAGUUCAUUCAAGCGAUGCCGCUGGGACUCACGGAUUAGGUGCGGGUGGCGCACUUAAAGCUGCACGUCGCGCAGGGGAUGCCGCUAGAGUACAAGAGUUAGUUGCGAGUGGUGCACCUCAAGCUGCAGGACGUGCAGGGGAUGAGGAUGAAUCCCACAGAUCCGGUGCGAGCGGCGCACCUCAUGGUGCAGGGCACGAAGGCGAUGCCGCGGGGUCACCAGACUCCAAUGCACAACACUCCGAUUCACAAAGCUCCGGUGCACAAGAAAGUCAAAGUGAAGCCAAUGACAACGAAUCGAGAGCUAGCCCUUUCUUACUUCACGAAAGAGGAAGGUCGAGGUACAGAUACCAUAACCGUGGUUUCGGAAAAGGUAAUUACUAUCCAUCUUACCCAAAAUACCCAGGAUACGUACCCUACGGCGGGCGCCACUACUACAUUCCGCGAAAUGGAGAAGAGGCUGAAGGGAACGAGGCUGUAGCUGGUCGUGCCAGCCCAGGAGUAGAUGAGUCUCUUGGCGCCGCUGCAAGUGGAUAUGGAGAAGCUGAAAGUGAAAAAUCUAGCGGACAUUACAAUGGUUACGUUUAUGGAGCGUCCAGACAUGGCGCCGGGCCUAGCAAGGAUGCGGAAGCAGAGAAUCCUAGUGCUUAGGCGCUUAGUACUUUUAACAUGUUCCUUUAUUAUAUUAUUUAUGUAUAUGUAUUUGUUUUUAUAGAUAACUAUCUCGUUUUAUAAACAUUACUGGGUUAAUAUUUGCCAUGUCGGAUUAUGCACCACUGCAAACAUGCAAAGCGGCAGAAUGAUAUGAGAAAUGAGACAAUUUUAAUAAUUGGAAAGUGUAAUACUUUUUCCAUUUUCUAUUUCAGACACCAAAUUGUCUCAAUAAACCUAAAAUCAUAUGCACCAAACCGCACCAACCUAACAACAGCUUCAAUUUUGAAUAAUGAAAUGUAUCAGAAUUAUUGUAUUGUAUUUAUUAUGUAUUAUUUCGUAUAAUUAUUAAAUAUAUGUACUUUAUAUUUAUAA